AAUAAUGGUAAAACAAGUUAUCCAUGAUCGUUGUGUUAUCCACUAUUUUAUACCCGAUCAUUACACAAAUGAAACACUGUGCAUAGGCGACUUUAUCGAGCUGUUCUCUUGAACGUACUCCAGAUAUGGCAUAAUGAGGCCGCAUGUUAGUGAGAGGAGGUGGGGAGAUCAAACCUCCCUCCCAUCAACAGUGUGAGCAUGUGCAUUCAUGUGUGUGCAGCCAGCUCGUUGUGCGGACCCUCCCGGUCCAGUCUGUAGUUGGUUUCUGCAGCGUAACCUGUAGGAGGGUGCAAGACAGUGAAAAGCAUGAAAAGUGGGAACAGGCAGCUCAGAGGACGAGUGAGAGCAAGGUCCGCACCUAGCAGCUGAAGACCGAGGGUUAUCCGGAGGGAACCAUGUGCAGUUCCCUGAGUCCCAAACAUCCAAGCAGCCCCGGCCUGACAGACAUGCAACAGUACCACCAGUGGCUGGCCAGUCGACAUGAAGCCAGCUUGUUGCCCAUGAAGGAAGACCUCGCACUCUGGCUCACCAAUAUGCUGGGUCUGGAAAUCACCGCUGAAAGCUUCAUGGAACGCUUAGACAACGGCUUCCUGCUGUGCCAAUUGGCUGAGACGCUGCAAGAGAUGUUCAGGCAAAAUAGUGGAGACCUGCCUGCUCUCAACAACAGAAAGCAGGUUAUUCCUAACCGGAGGAUCCCAUGCCGGCGGACUGCUCCGUCUGGCUCUUUCUUUGCCCGGGACAACACCGCCAACUUUCUGUCUUGGUGUCGUGAAGUUGGAGUCGGGGAAACAUGUUUGUUUGAGUCUGAGGGUUUAGUUCUUCACAAGCAGCCUCGAGAAGUCUGCCUCUGUCUGUUGGAGUUGGGCCGGAUAGCAUCCAGGUACAACGUGGAGCCCCCCGGCCUUAUAAAACUGGAGAAAGAGAUUGAACAAGAAGAGAAAGCACCUCUACCACCGCCAUCGCCUGCAUCCCCAGUGCACCCCCUCCCUCCAUCGCCCUCAUCGUCACCCUCCCUGUCUCCCUCCCCAUCGCCGACUCCUCCCAAAGUCACCUCGAGCAAGAAGAGCACUGGGAAACUGCUGGACGAUGCUGUAAGACAUAUUGCCGACGACCCCCCCUGCAGAUGUCCCAAUAAAUUCCAUGUGGAGAGGCACUCACAAGGCCGAUACCGUGUUGGGGAAAAAACACUCUUUAUACGAAUGCUGCACAACAAGCAUGUGAUGGUGCGUGUGGGAGGAGGCUGGGAGACGUUUGAGAGCUACCUGCUCAAGCACGACCCGUGUCGAAUGCUCCAAAUCUCCCGUGUGGAAGGGAAGACAUCCCCCAUAGGCGGCAAAGGCCUCAGCAUCAAGGACCUAACGCCUGACAGCUACCUGGUGGUGGCGGCCAACUAUCGCAGCAAAAAGUCAACACAGGAGACCACACCAUAAUGAAGACUGUGAGACGUUCAUGGAGAGACAUUUAAAACUCACAUCAUUGCAAUAUAAUGUGUCGACUGGCUAUACAUGCUGUACAUUUCCUACCAUAAUAUGAGAACCUAUUUUUCCUCGCAUUUUUCUUCUUUAUGUGCCUAUAAGGGUGUACCUUUAUUCUUAAAAACAUACUUUUUGAACUGUACGUAGGUACAUUUAUUUUUUCUGAAUUUAUACAAGUGGACUUUCAAUGUUUUCUUUCCGUUAACAAAACGUGGAAACGUGGGGACCACAUUAAAAAUGCAACUGUGACACUUAA